AUGCCGCCCAAAUUUGACCCUAGUCAGGUUGUCGACGUGUACGUGAGGGUCACCGGAGGCGAAGUCGGUGCGGCCAGUUCUCUCGCUCCCAAAAUCGGACCUCUCGGUCUGUCGCCCAAAAAAAUCGGUGAAGAUAUCGCCAAAGAGACCGCCAAGGACUGGAAGGGCCUUCGCGUCACCGUCAAGCUCACCGUCCAGAACCGUCAGGCUAAGGUUAGUGUCGUCCCCUCUGCGGCAGCUCUGGUUAUCAAGGCGCUUAAAGAGCCUGAGAGAGACAGGAAGAAGACCAAGAAUAUCAAGCACAACGGGAAUAUCUCUCUUGAUGAUGUGAUCGAGAUUGCGAAGGUUAUGAGAGUAAGAUCGAUGGCUAAGGAUCUGAGUGGGACCGUGAAGGAGAUUUUGGGAACUUGUGUUUCUGUUGGGUGUACUGUCGAUGGAAAGGAUCCAAAGGACUUGCAGCAGGAGAUUACUGACGGUGAUAUUGAGAUUCCUGAAUGA